CUCCUGUCUGCUCACACUCCGUGCAGCCUGACUACCCGCCGGACCGUCCUCGGCUUCUCUCCUCUAAGCUGAUAUCUCCGCAGACAUGGGCGUCCCCUCUGAGAUGGAGCAAGCCAUGGAGAGCCUGAUGUUCACCUUCCACAAAUACGCCGGAGACAAGAACUACAUGUCCAAGGAGGACCUGAACCGGCUGAUGGAGGCCCAGUUCUCCGAAUUCCUGAAGAACCAGAACGACCCGCAGGCGGUGGAUAAGAUCAUGAAAGAUCUGGAUCAGUGCCGCGAUGGGCGUGUCAACUUCCACAGCUUCUUCUCCCUCAUCGCCGGCCUCACCAUCGCCUGUAAUGACUAUUACAUUAAGAACAUGAAAGGAAGGAAGUAAAGGA